AUGGAACACGCUCCUAGCAUCGUUUGCCGGUUUAACGGCUGCGAAAACAUCGCACUACCCAACCUCGCCAAGUGCGACUUUCAUCGCCAUCGGCUACCGUGCCAAGUCCACGGCUGCAACAACAUUGUGUACGCUCGGAAGCUUUGUGUGCGCCAUGGCGGGAAGCCCCAAUGCAGACACGACGGUUGCGACGCCAACGCCCGCGGUGGCGGUUUCUGCGCCCGCCACGCCAAGGUGCACGUCAAGCACGUCUGCAUUGAGCCGCGCUGCAGCAACGUCGCCCAUACCAAGAGCAAGUGUGUACGCCACGGAGGUGGACGCCGCUGCCGCGAGCCCGAGUGCAACACGCUCGCUCGCUCGGGUGGAUUGUGCCGCCGCCACGCCGAUGGUCCUAUGGAAAUGGACGACGAGCCGAUCUGGCGCGACAUCGCCGUCGGCAUGGACUAUGUUCCGACCUUUGAGGACUUGGACCAAUCGAUCUUGGACUGCAUCUUGGCGACGACAGAGCCCAUGAUGACGGCCAUGCUGUAUUAGAGCGUCGUGCGCGACUCUUACUUAGUACUAUUUAAUGAACGACCUGUAUUUUCG